AUGCUCCCCAGCCCUGCCACCUCCACUCCUUUCUCAGUCAAGGACAUCCUGAGGCUGGAGCACACUCAGCAGCAUCCUGCCGGCCAGGUGGAGGGACCAUCUCUGCGCCCAGCGCCCACUACUGAGCCACCGGCACUCUCCCAGCACAGAGGGGGGAAGAGUCGGGGGCUGGGGCUCUCCUGUGACUCCCCAAUGAGAGAGGAUGAGGAUGAGACUCAGGAACAGAGUGAGUUUGCCGGGAAUUUGGUGCCCAGGAGAGGUGAGCCCCCAGAUCGCCCCCAGCAGAGGCAGAGGAGGAAGCCCCGGGUCCUGUUCUCCCAGGUCCAGGUGUACGAGCUGGAGAGAAGGUUUAAGCAGCAGAAAUAUCUCUCUGCCCCAGAGAGGGAACAGCUGGCAUCCGUCCUAAAACUAACCUCCACCCAGGUGAAGAUCUGGUUCCAGAACAGGAGAUAUAAGUGUAAGAGACAGAAACAGGACAGGUCUCUGGAACUGGCCGGGCACCCCCCUCACCCACGCAGAGUGGCAGUGCCAGUUUUGGUCAGGGAUGGGAAACCCUGCCUGGGGGGCGCUCAGACUCUCCAUCCAAAUUACAGCGCUAAUGCCAACUCGUACCCUUACCCUGUCUGCUUUGGUGGAUACAGUGGAGGCUCUUACUAUACAGGAACCCACAGUGUGCCAGCCGGGGGAAGCCCAGCAGUGCAGCUGGUCAAUAUGAACGUCACAGCAGUCCCUGGCAGCGGCCAACAAGGGCAGCUACAGGUAACCCUGCCGGGUAUCAGGGCCUGGUGACCACACAGACGAUGGACAUUGCCUAAAUGAGUUAUCGUGUGGGACCUGGGAGGUAUAAUUGGGAUUCCAGUGAAAAGACAGCAUUUUACUUCCCCUUCCACAAAGCCUGGAGCUACAACAGCAGAACAGGCUGCAAAUAAUAAUAAUUUAAUACAGUUCAGUGCAACUCUGGCGCAAACAUGAAAGGAAUAUAAAGUUUAUAUAAUAAAUGGUGCUGCAAUGGGUUAAUUCUUGAAUAAUUCUCAUCUCAAAAGAACUAUUGUAUUUUUAUCGUCUAUGAAGAGGCAGUCCUAGUUCUACAGCAUCUUUAUGAUGAAAUUAGAUUAUUGGGUACUUUUCUGAUUAUUGCAAUUCCCCUAAU